AUGGAUGAUGCUACAGCCGCUUUAGCAGGCAAUACAAAAAAAUAUAAUAUACCAUUGAGUCAUUUUGAACAUAAAUAUAUACAAAAUUGUACAGAUGGAAAAGAACUUGAACGUAUAUACAAAGAAUUAAUAAGUGGUGAAAUAGGUUCAUUUCCAGCUUUAGAACAAUUAACACUGGAUCGAAUUCAAGAUAUAAAACCGAACAGUCAAACCCUUCGAAAAGAUAAAGUUCCACUUGAUAAAUCAGCUUUACCCAAUGAUGAGCGUCAACAAUUGGAUGAUUUUCUUAAGGAAAUGCUACAAAAAAAUAGAACAUCGUCUAUUAUUGCCAAAGAUCAUCAGAAUAAUGGUUUCGAUUCAGUACCAAUCCGUUCCAAAUCUAUAAUUAGUAAUUCAAUUACGCCAACUUCAUCAGCACCUGUGAUAAACAGUAACGGUAAACAGAAACAAAUAGUACCAAGAAGUUAUGAUGAAUGGGGAAAACUGGACCAACAACUUUCGAAAGACUUGAGUAGUGAUAAUGAAGACGAUGAAGUAGAUGAUGAUGAGGAUGAUGAGGAUGAUAACAAUGAUAAAGAUGAAAAGACAAGUUCGUUUAUAAAUAUAUAUUGUAAUCUAAAUUAA